AUGUUAGGCAACAAGGUACUUCUAACCUACAAAAGAAAACGGAAAUCUCAAAGUGGCUGUUUCAUCCAUGGAAAUCGUGGCCAAAAUUCAGUUUGUGAUGAUUCGCAUGAUUGUUCUUUAACUAAACGAGUUAAACACAACAGGCUAACUGAUGAGAAGACAUCAGAAAAACAUGAAGAAAAGUCAAUGGAUACUAGUGAUGGAAAAAAGCCGUGCUUUGGAAGCAUCAAACAGCCGGAUGAGUCAUCACCACUUCCAGUUCAAAAGUCAGGUGGUCUGGAAGCAGAGCAGCUUGGAAAUCAUGAUGAAACAGAGAGGGUAAUUACUACGAAGGAAUCAUCUUUAACGAAACAUCCAUGUGAGAAUAACUCGAAGAAGGAUGUUGAUGAAUUACCCCCAAUAACGAAGCCUUCGCAGAAUGAUUGUGACGCACAGAAAAAUUCUUCUGGAGGUGAAAACUAUGGCAUUGAAUGUGACGAUGGUUCUAAUAAAAACAAUAUUCCACCCUCAGUUGAAUUGGAUGCUAGGAAUGAUUUCAAUGUAAUCAACUCAGAAGCAUCAAUUACAAGAGAAAUCAGUGCUGCAUGUGGCGAUGAAUCUCUUGUUUUGAAUAAGUCAGCAGAUAGACUUACCGAGUCUCCCUCCAAAGAUAAUUUCGGGAGCCAAUCUGAACGUAAGGAAAACAUUCCAGUUCUAGCCAAGUGGAGCAUGCUUGCAAAUGCUAAUCCCUCUUCUAGUGACGGAUCAUCUUGUGACGAGUGUCCUGUAAACAAUGUACCUGACCUUAAUCAAACUCAGACACAAGAUGUUACAUCUUCUAGAAGCUGUUCUAGGAGUUUUCCAACAGACCUUAAUCUAUCGGCAGAGCUUUCUGAAAGAGGGGAGCUUCAUCAGACUCUAGAAAAGGUGAGAAAUGCUGACACUCCAUGUACUAGUGGAGUUGUUUCUGAAACCUGUAUGGCAAACGCGGGAGAGCAACUGCAUCAUGGAGAAGACAUAGUGAAAACUGACACUCACAUGGCUGGAACAGAAGUUCCAAGCCAGAGUUCUCUGGUGCACAAGGAAGUCCAACAUCUUGAGAAGGAUUGCCAAGGAAUCUCUAUCAUUGAUGAUUCUAGAGAUCUCUGUCCUGGUUCAGCAACUGCUAACCAAGAACUAGAGGAGUUCCAACCCUCAGUGAAAGGGCACCAACCUCAGAGUAGUGACCUGCCCCCUAACUCUGCAGAAGAGCACACUGUUGAAUUGAACCUUGGUGCUGACAAGCAUUCCCUUCACCUGGGGACGAAAAAUCUUGUAGCCAAAUCUGACUCUACAAGCAGUAGAUCUGCCAUUGUUGAAAAUCAAGUAACUCAGCUGGAAUUUUUAAGCUCUAGCAAUACAAAGCUGAUUUCAGAAGGAAAGACCAUUGAUGACGUCUGUUCAAGUAUUACUCAAUCUCAGUCAGGUUGUUGCAUAAUGUUGGAUGAAAGAACGAAUGUUCAAGAAACUAAAACUAAUAAUUUAAAGCACGUGCCAAACAUUUCUCUUUCUUUGGGUUUGUCUCUACCUACGGAGCUUGAAACUGGAGAUGGAUUAUGUCAGUCUUCAACAAACCGGAAACCAUUGCUUCUCAGACACAAGGCAUUGCUUGACAACAUCAUAAGCAAAACAAGAGCUUUAAACGAAAGAGGUAACUUUCAAGAAAAUCUCAAGCCACACCCUAUAAUGUGGUCUGAAGAGGAAUUGGAUUUUCUCUGGAUUGGUGUGAGGAGGCACGGUAGGGGAAAUUGGGAUGCUAUGCUUAGGGAUCCAAGAUUGCGGUUUUCACCAUUAAGGAAACCAUGGGACCUUGCUGAGAGGUGGGAGGAGGAACAAUCAAAACUUCUGAAAGAUAUUAGUGUUCCACACUUCAUGCAUCCAAAUGCAGAGAGGGCGGCAGCAGAAGCAGCAAUGCAAGGAAACUUUUACUUCGUAGAUCCCAAAUCAGGUCCUUGGAGACAAAAUCCAAUAGAGGAGACUAAUCUAUCACCUGAAGAUGUAUUUUCUUAUAAGGAAAGAAACCACUCGAAGAAAUCUCUUGCCAUGCCAUUUCUUGGAAGUAACCACGCUGCACGCGGUCCUGCGCCAAUGAUUCAUUCCAGAAGAACUUCUUACAACAGCAACAUGGAUAAGUAUGAAUUGGGAUUUUUCAAUUCUCCAGGAAGCUUGAGUAUUUCCAAGGAAAAUUCUUAUUUAGAUGAUUACCCAUUUAAUUGUUCAAAUGCAAAGAAUAAUUUGCCACUCUGGCUUAGAGAAGCUAUCAAUACUCCUCCAAUGUCCAGAGAGCCAAAUGCGUCUGCAGAGCAUUGCUUUGAUGCUGGUGGUAGUAAGGCAUGCUUUCUGCCUCAAAGUCAGUCGAGUGCUUUGAAGACAAAUGACGUAUCCGUAUCAAAUGCUUCUCACUCCUCAACUUAUUCAAGAACAAAAUAUGGGAUGCUGAAAAUGAACAAGCAUCUUGAACAUCAUGCCAGAAAACAAGAUGACUUGAUUGUUAUUGAUAGUGACACAUCUUCUGAAGAGACUGUAUCUGACGAUCACCGUGCCAGCAUGAAGAUUUGA